CAAUUGAGCAGUUGAACUUUGAAGUCGUGCAUUUUUUUCCCAACUAAGUUUGCAAAAUGUCGAAGCUUCGGUACUUUUACGACCUUAUGUCACAACCCUGUCGAAUGUUGUACAUUUUUCUGGAGCAGACCAAGAUUCCCUACGAGCGAAAUCUCGUCAAUUUGGGAAAAGGCCAGCAUCUGACGGAAGAGUUCAAGGCGAUCAAUCGCUUCCAAAAAGCGCCCUGCAUCAUCGACAAGGACCUUCACCUGGCGGAAAGUGUCGCCAUUGUGCGGUACCUUGCACGGGAGUACAAAUUCCCGGAACAUUGGUACCCGACGGACAGUCGGAAGCGAGCCCGGAUCGACGAGUAUCUGGAAUGGCAGCAUCACAACACCCGGGCCGUGUGUGCCAUUUACUUCCAGUACAUGUGGCUUCGACCGCGGAUGAUGGGUACCAAGGUGAAUCCGGACCGGGCCGAAGAGCUCAAGCAGAAGAUGGAGGAUUGCUUGGAUUUUAUCGAAAACGAUUAUCUUGGUGGCAACAAUAAGUUCCUUGUAGGCGAUGAGAUUUCUGUGGCGGAUCUGUUUGCUUCGUGCGAAAUUGAGCAACCAAAAAUGGCUGGAUUUGAUCCGUGUGCCGGAAGACCGAAGCUAACCGCUUGGAUGGCACGCGUUCGUGAGGCAACCAAUCCGUACUACGAUGAAGCUCACAAACUGGUGUACAAAAUUAAUCCCAAUAGCGCUCCGAAACCGAAGCUGUAGGUGGAAAUUUGAGAAUUUUAUAUAAAAAAAAAGUGGUGCCGG